AUGGCCGAUAUAAACAAGAAGGACUCUAUGGAUAUUCAGCAGAACCCCGAACCUGCAGAUUUUCAAGCCAGGCUCGAUCCCACAAACGUCGGCAACAAGCAUUUUCGUAGUCAGUCAGAUAUGACUCACAGAGCGCAACAACCGAUGUUUGUUCCUACGAAAUCACCUCCUCCUGCUUAUAACGCGAAAGCUCCAGCACCUCCUCUUGCAGUAACAUUUCGAGAGACUGGCGGGGGCCCAAGCGUGGAGGAGCAAUGUACGAUAGAAUAUAUCCGAUCAUUUCUCGGGUCGUCGGAUUUCAACGAGGAUCUAUGCCUGAAAGCCAUCAGGCAUCCUCGACUACGUAGUCAGAAGAAUAACAAUGAGGAAGAGUAUCUACAAGAAGUUGUUGGAGUUUAUAUGGAUGAACUGAAUCAGACUAAUGAGAAGCAACAACGCUCACAAACUCCGCGUCCGGUCCAGACCUGCGCUAAUCGACCCAUGCAGACCAUUGAAGAAGCUGCCGCUGAGAUGGCACAGCAAGGUGGAGCCGUUCAUGUGGUUCCUACAACAUGCACUGGCUCCACUGCUACGUCCACAGCUACUCCCAUGCCAGCGCUACCGUCUGCAGCUGAGAGAGAACAGAGUGACAUAGAAAAAGCCAUAGCCGAAUCUCUCAUUUCACAAGGCCCACCUGGGAAUCGCUCUUAUAACUCAUCACUACCAGCAAAUCCUGAAGAGAUGCUCAGAAAAGAAGGCGUAUCGGUUGGCCUACAUAACACCGGUAACACAUGCUGGUUUAACGUUGUAGCUCAACUGCUGUUCCACUUGCCUCGAUUUCGACGUGUAGUCUACGAAUAUGUUCCUCAAAGUUCUGACAUAGUAAAUGAGGAACAAGCAACCGAAGGCGAUUUGGUUGACAAAAUGCGCUUUCUUUUUGCAAGUAUGGACAUAGGAAAUAGGCGAUACAUUGAUCCAUCAGAAGCAUUGAAAAUUGUUAGUGCAUUGGCUGCCCGAAGCAGAAGCGACGUCAUACUUGGACGCCAGCAGGAUGCUUCUGAAAUGAUGUCGAGCUUGAUGGAAUGGAUGGAAAAGGGUUUGGCUACACCCAGUGUGGAAGAUGAGCACAUGAAGGAUGCCGCAGCAGAGAUCAUCGGUGCUCCGCAAAUUUCGACACCACUUACGACCAGCCGUAGUUUUGAUGUGAUGGAAACCUCACCUGCAGCAUCGAUAGAGCCGACUCCUGUCAUUGGCGACGGCAAUGUUUCAAAUCAGAAGGAAGAGGCAAAGGUUGAAAGUAUGGUUACUGACCAACCAGCUCCUGGGCCGCCAUCACGAACGCAUCUUGAUUGGAUACGUGAUCUGUUUCAUGGGUAUCAGGCAGAACGGGCUACGAAUGAUAAAAGUUGGACAAAACUGGAGUACACUUCUUUGUUCCCUAUCCACGUUUCUCAUGGAAAUCUCCAUGACGCUCUCGAAGCACACCAGUUUCUUAACGAUUCUGGAAAGGAGCCAUGGUUCGAGUCGUUACCCGCUGUUUUGAUUUUCUCUCUGGGUCGUUAUUUUUUCAACGGAACGAAAGGAGAAACAGAAAAGCUCAACAUGCGAUUCCAUUUUCCUCGUACCAUCUUCAUGGAUCGCUAUAUGGCGAGCAACUACGAUAUCGUGUCUCGUUUGCGCGAGGAAAGAAAUCGACUGCGCAAUGAGCUAUCUGACGUUCGUGCUGCUUUGAAAGGGAUGAAUGAGUUUCCUAUUGGCGAUCAUACGGACAGGAUCGUGAAUAUUUUGAAAGCUACACUACGGUUCGUGGAGGGAGAGAAGUCUGAUAGUGGUGCAAGUGAGAAAAUGGAUGAUGACACGUGUCCUAUUCCUUUGGCUGGCCCAGCUAGUAAGGCUCAAUCUUUUGUGGAAGAUAAACCACCCAUUGCACCAACCGCCACGAACUUGGCUCAGCUGUAUGGAUUUAUGCCUGAGCUGGAGAACUCUAUCAACGAGUUACGAACGAAGCAUAAGCAGCUACAAAUGCGCGAGGGGGAAUUGCUGAAGGCGAUUGAUGAGAUCUAUGAAAUUGAGGAAUUGAAGCAUCGCGGAUACCACCUUCAUGCUGUGGCAAUCCAUCAAGGCCAUGCUAAUGCAGGACACUACUGGGCGUAUGUUAGAAAGGGAGUUGACGAUGACCAUUGGGAGAAGUUCAACGAUCAAAGAGUGGAAAGUGCCGCUUGGAGCGAUAUCGAAGCGGAAGCGGUCGGAGGUACACGAACAACAUCUGCAUACUUCCUCUUGUACGUCAGCUCAGCUGCGGAACCAUGGCUUUUUGCGGAUGACUGCACAGCUUCAAAGUUUCUGGCUGAGGAUGUCCGCCAAUUGGUCUUUGCCGACAAUGAGGCUCUCGAAAGUCAAAUCGAGCACUACCGUUGCACUCAAAAUGAGGAUGCUCGAGGGAAUGCUGAUGUGUAUGAGGUACCAAACGAAGACCGCGGAAAUGGAUUUUCACCAGUUCCGCCUCCUAUCAACGACAAUGAGCAGAUGCUUAGUGCUACACCAACGGAAGCGGCGUUGGCUGAUCAUGAGAACCUGGCUGUAGCUCUAAAGAUGUAUUGUGAGCCUUGGAUUGAUGAAUCAACAUUUGAAAUGGAGCGGCGAAAGCUGUUUGCAAUCAUGGAGUUCAACAAGGCGACUUACCCAAACAAUGUAACACCUGAGAUUGUUUAUGAAAAUCAGGCCAAGUUGCUCUAUCUCAAUGUUCUGAAACCAAUGUUCAUCGCAUUGAUGCGAAAAACCGAGGCUGCUGGUUUGGAAGUGAAACUUAUGGAAAUUUAUAACAAGGUGAUCAGCAACUUUUACAAUGAGAUAGACAACGUACCAUGCAAUAACGCACAAGCUCGUCCUCUUCGAAGCCUACCAGAGUUUUACUACACUAUGGGUUAUCGGUAUCCCGCUAAAACAAUGCGUUUUGCCCUUGUUAAGGCGUUUACCUAUUCAGAAAUCGAAGAUGUGGCAAGAUGUGCACGUGAUGAAAUUGCCGAGUUCGUAAAAAUACCUUUCGCUCCUCACUACAUCGUGCUUUUCCAACGGGCAUCUCAUUUGUAUGAUCUUGUAAAGACUCUGUGGAGUGUUGUGCGGCUAGUGGCAACCGAUAUCAAUCGCAACAACGCUGCAAAUUUGCCAAGAUUGUCUUCGAAAGCGAUCGAGACUUUGGUGAAGCUUUUAAAAAUGGCGAGAUGUGUCACUCAUGUAUACGACCGUGUCUACAUAGAAAUCGGCAACAUUCAGGGAGUACAAUACCAGCAGCAUGCGGAAUGUGCUAUACCAGGUCAUAUCAUCCGUGGGCUCAAUAUAAUUCCAGUAUUGAGCUUGUUUGCUACGAUAGUCCAAUAUUUGGUUGAUCGUGUUGCACCACGAGAAGAUAUUGCCCAGUUUCUACUUGGUUCACUGCUCUCUUUCGAACUCGCGGUCCAUCGUUUGGCCUUGUGGGCUCGAGAAGGAUGCAGGGAUUCAGAUAAGAUAAUAUGUCACAUAAACGACACCCUAAGCAUGAUUGGAGCGGUUUUCCCAAAUACGGCAGCUGCUAAUCAGAAAAGGGAAAUAACACGGAGGAUCCAUGGUGCAACUCAACCGGAUCGUCAUUUUGAAGUUCCAUAUCAGACGUGCAUCUCACAAGCAACGGAUAUAUGUCAUGAAAUGGAGCAGGUCAGCUAUCAAUUGUCGAUACUAGGAUUGGCAGAUCAUACGGAAGCGGACAAUGUAUAUACGAGAAUGAUGGCCGUUGUCAGUGAUAUCAUCAAUAAUGCGAUGCAAUACGAUGAAAAAACCACUGCAUCCAGUCAAACGAGCGCUUUCUAA